AUGAAUCAAUUCCCUCCAAACACUGCAAUAGCCACGUACUACACGGAAAUUAGCCACAAAUACCAGCUCAAGGGCAUCUUCUACCUUGACCUAUGGCCAUUUGGCCCAUCGCAGAUGGUUCUAGUACACCCAAACGCCGCUGAGCAUGUCACUACUGUGGAAAAUUAUCCGUUGCAUGACGAAGUCUCUCGUUACCUCACCCCGCUUUUAGGGGAACAUGCAAUCGGUGCCUCGGACGGGGAGAGGUGGAAGAUGCUGCACCGCAUCCUGACACCGGCAUUCAAACCAUCAAAGACUAAGGCCAUGGCACCUGUUAUUGCAGAGCAGGUUAGCCUGCUUCUUCAUCCCACUCUGACGCAAUAUGCCGGGAGUGCGGAGGUAUUCUCGAUGGAGGAGUGCGCUGCCCGGCUGGUCUUUAGUAUCAGCAGUACGGUCAUCCUUGGAAACAGCGUUUCGGAGGAUGAAAACGCACAGCUUAUCUCAGACAUCAAUGCUGUAGUUGACUAUGCAACUAUGUUGACGCUCACCGCCGCGACGAAUCCCUUGUCCAAGGUACGCAAAUGGUGGAAGAAGCGAGCUGCAAUACAACGGAUGGAUUCGUUUCUUCGGUUGUUGAUCAAAGGUCGUUACGCGCAAUUAGCGCACGGGAAGGUCGAUGUCAAUAGAGCAGACUCUACUAUUCUGGACGCGAUCCUGGCUAAUGUUCAGAGUAUGCGAUGCGUACCUCACGGCUUUGCAGCACCGGAUUCUGAGCUUGUGCAAAUUGUUACGGAUAAGUCUGCUGCUUGGAGGCUAUGGAACAACAGCGGAUACUUUAUGUGUAAGUCCAGAAACAAGCUCUACAUUGGUAGCUCCGCUAAUCCCAUAGAGUAUGUCUUUAUUGUGCUCCAUUUUCAUCCACCUGUAGUCCAGAACCUCCGUGAUGAGCACGAUCGGAUCUUCAGCAGGGACAUAAAUGCAAUAAGAAAGGUCCUCGAGCAGACCCCACACAAACUCAACGAACUACACUACACCACAGCCGUUGUUAAGGAAACGCUCCGCCUAUUUCCUGUUGGAUUUGGUGCUCAGAUAUUCCCACACCCAACAAAGUUCAACCCAGCCCGUUUUCUCGAGCCGGAUCUCGCUUCGAUGCCCCGGAAUGCGUGGCGGCCCUUUGAGCGCGGCGCCCGCAUGUGUCCCGGACGGGACCUGGCAAUGGACGGACUCCGAAUCAUUCUGCUUCUGACCGUUCGGGAGUACAAGUUCCAGUGUGCAGAUGUCGAUCACCUGGUGAAGUCAAUGCCAGGGGUGCAGCAUACGGAUAUGGAUGCGGUUAUGGGAGACCUUGCGUUUCAGGAGAUGGGAUUUUCCGCAAAGGCACGGGGUGGGGCCAUGAUGAGAGUCUCUCUUAUGCAGUCAUAUUAG